CGCAGUUGAGGAACAGCCUUGAAGCGCUUUUGGAACUGCUGCAGUGAACGAACGGAUACACUUCGCCCUCAUCUCAACACUCGCCACUUCGCUAUCGUAGGAUUUCUCCAACAGAAAAAGAACUUCCGUGGAAGAUACUGGCUGGACCUGGGCCCUAACGGCAGACUGAUGGCCCAUGCUGCUGCUGCAGACCUACACCCAGACCAGGAGGAGUGACCCAAUGACUAAAUGUCUGACUAAAGACCACUGAUCAUUUCACACUAACACCCAGAGGGAAGAGACCAUAAACUACAAUCAAGCUGUGGUUGAAGCUUUGUAACUAUUGACCUGGCAGUCAUGUUGAGAGGCAGAACUGUCCUUCUCCUGCUGGUCCUCUGGGCGUACCUGUGUUCCCAUGGGGACGGGCUGCGUGCCCUGAAGAGGACUAUAGGGGGUCGGCGGGGGGUGGCGUUGACGCUGACGGGGCAGGAUGCCAACGGAGUGCCUCUGAGACGCUCCAAACGAGGAUGGAUGUGGAAUCAGUUCUUCCUGCUGGAGGAGUACACAGGGUUGGAUAACCAGUAUGUUGGAAAGCUCCACUCAGACGGGGACCGGGGUGACGGUAGCAUACGGUACGUCCUGACUGGCGACGGAGCCGGUACUCUGUUCAUCAUUGAUGAGAACUCAGGAGAUAUCCACGCCACUAAGAGGCUAGACCGGGAGGAGAAGGCCUACUACACACUCCGGGCCAAAGCCGUCAACAGAAUCACUAACACCUCUCUAGAGGGAGAGUCAGAGUUUAUUAUCAAGAUCCAUGACAUCAACGACAAUGAACCCAAGUUUACCAAGGAUCCCUACUUCACACACGUACCUGAGAUGUCCCCAUUGGGCACAGUGGUGAUGCAGGUGACCGCUACAGACGCUGACGACGCCACGUAUGGUAACAGUGCCAGGGUGGUCUACAGCAUCCUACAGGGACAGCCAUACUUCUCUGUAGAUCCCAACACAGGUGUGAUCAAGACAGCCCUGCCAAACAUGGACAGGGAGACGAAGGAGAACUAUAUCGUUGUGAUCCACGCUAAAGACAUGGCUGGCCAGAUGGGUGGACUAUCAGGGACCACCACGGUCAGCAUCACCCUGUCUGAUGUCAAUGACAACCCACCACGCUUCCCCAAGAGUCUGUAUGAGUUCAAAGCUCCAGAGUCGUCAGAGCCCGGCUCGACGGUGGCCGUGCUCCGAGCUACAGACGCUGACAUUGGCAGGAACGCUGAGAUGAACUACCGAAUCACCAGCAGUGACGGCCCAGCCAUGUUCGACAUUUCAACCAAUAGGAGCACACAGGAGGGUGUCAUCACCCUCAGGAAGCCUCUGGACUUUGAGAGGAAGCGGUCGUACACUCUAAGGAUCCAGGUGGAGAACUCCAACCCUGACCCACGGUUCCUGCGCUACGCGGCGACCACGGACGAGGCGACGGUCAAGUUGAUCGUGGAGGAUGUGGACGAGCCGCCGGUGUUCGACCGGGUCAGCUACGUCAUGGAGGUCAAAGAGGACUCAGCCGUAGGCACCAUCGUCGGAUCGGUCAGUGCCACAGACCCAGACAGCAGCCGCAGCCCUGUCAGGUACUCUAUUGACCGGCGUACAGACAUGGACAGGGUGUUCAACGUGCACCCGGGUAACGGCUCAGUUUUCAUGCUAAGGACUCUGGACAGAGAGGAGAACCCUUGGCACAACAUCUCUGUCAUCGCCACGGAGUUCAACAACCCACGACUGAUUAACCGCAUACCAGUGGACAUCAGAGUACUGGACGUUAAUGACAACGCUCCUACAUUCGCCGCCUACUACGAAACCUUCGUCUGUGAAAACGCCAAGGCUAACCAGAGGAUUCAGACAGUGAGCGCUAAAGAUGCUGACGAGCCUAUCGGUGGACACAGAUUCUUCUUCAGUCUAGCACACGAGGUCUCAGGGAAAGCCAACUUCACCGUCCGAGACAACAAAGACAACACGGCUGGGAUCCUGACCAGAAGGAACAGCUACAGCCGGCUACAGAGGAGCACCUACCUGGUUCCCGUGGUGAUAUCGGACGGGGACUUUCCCAUGCAGAGCAGCACCAACACCCUGACUGUGCGUGUUUGUACCUGCGACCGCGAGGGGAACAUGCAGCUGUGUAACCAGGAGGCUCUGGUCCUCACCGCAGGGCUCAGCACUGGAGCCCUCAUGGCCAUCAUCAUCUGUGUCCUCAUUCUUCUCCUAAUCGUUGUGCUGUUCGCUGUCCUGAGGAGGCAGCAGAGGAAGAAGGAGCCUCUGAUCAUCUCCAAAGAGGAUGUGAGAGACAAUGUCGUCAGCUACAAUGAUGAGGGGGGCGGAGAGGAGGACACCCAGGCCUUUGAUAUCGGCACGCUGCGCAACCCGGAGGCUAUCGAGGAGACCAAACAGCGCAGGGACAUCAAGCCCGAGACCCUGAACCCUCCCGUCCGUCGGACCGUUGUCCUCCCUCCUACAUACAGGGACAACUCGGACGUCAGGGAAUUCAUAAACCAAAGGCUCCAGGACAACGACCAGGACCCCACAGCGCCGCCCUAUGACUCCCUGGCCACCUACGCCUACGAGGGAAGCGGCUCGGUGGCUGAGUCCCUGAGCUCCCUGGGUUCCGUGACCACGGAGGGAGACCAGGACUAUAACUACCUGAGCGAGUGGGGACCCAGGUUUAGAAAACUAGCUGACAUGUACGGGGGAGAGGACAGUGACGGCUACAGGGAUUCCUAACCAGAGAGAAGGGAGCUCGUAAAAGGAAAAUGUACAACAAACACUCACGCACUAGCUAAAGUGAACUUAACUCCUGGUACUUUGUGAAAGUGGCAAACAAUAGAACAAAACAUGAAGGACACAAAAAGACAAGGCAGUAUUUUUCAAAGUGCUCUUUUACCGUUGUCGAUCACCGUUGACCUCACUGGAGGACCUGGACGACGACGCUUAGUGGUCUCUCUCUCUGCAAGGCAGCCGGGGACUCACGAGGAAAAGACUUGUCAAGAAGACACUUCGCUGAAUAUGGGGGUACUGUACUCUGUGCAUCAGGCCCCACAUAUAUCUCUAUGUACAAACAUACUUCUUCUCUUUUGUUUUUCAAAAGCUGCCUGCAACAGAGGGUCGAAAAGCAAGCGGUUUUCCGGUGAACUUGAGAGACAACAUCUAUGAAUUGUUCAGAGUUUCUGGAAUGAAAAGCUGCAUAUUGUGAGAUAUAUCUUAUAUUGUGUGUAUCUGUGUAUUGAUACAAUAUGCUGUACAGUUCUGUUUUGUUAUCAGGUUUCUAGCGUCCCAUUCCCUUAUAGCAUUGGCUAUGUAUGUCACAAUCUUCUUUUGAAGUCACACAAAGCCAUGCUAAGAGACUGAGGGGUUCAACCAUAGAAAUAGAAUGCUCUAAUUCUAUGGGUACAGUCAAAAUGGCCACUAGUCCACCGACUGUGGCAUCCUUGACUUGAAUGGGGACACCCACUCUACUCAUUCAAUUUCUAUGGGUUGUACGUCACCUUUCUGACCGUCAAUAACACCUGAUCCACAUAGCUUUACAUAUUCCGCAUCCCAAAUGACACCCAUUCCCUAUAUAGUGCACUACAUUUGUACCAGGCUACAAUAGUGUGCCAUUUAGGAGAUCAUUCCCUGUAGGGGGGAGCUGAAACACCCGGACCAAAAAGCUCCUCAGGGUGCUGACUAUCUGAAAAAAAAACUCAUGUCAAUAACACUUUGCAAUAAGGUACUCUUUAUAAAGGGUUAAUGGAAAGUGUUACCCUAAUGAACUGAACAUGUUCAAAUUAAACCUGAUUCUUUACUCAGUGUUUUACUUGAUGCUUUUCUUGGUUAAUUAAAACAGAGUAAUUGAUUGACGGUUGAACAUCCAUUUGUGAUGUGCACACGGACAAGGUUUCCAAGCCUGACAUAUUGGGACGACAGUAUGUGGGGGAGAAAGGCUCGAUAUUAAGGGUAAUAUGCCAUUUUCAGUUGUAAGAGAGAAUGUUUGACAUUCUGUUGGGAUUGUCAUUGACAUAAGAGGUACAGGUCAACACAAUAUUGGGAUCAUAAAAUGUUUGGACAUAUAUAUACACAUAUGAAAAUGGUCAUUAGAUUGGUUUGUCAUCAUGAAAUGGUUUGACAUAUACAUAGUAAGAAAAUUGAGCAAUUCAAAUGAAGCAACUUGCCCAAGGCCAAAACAUACAAAUUGAACAAUAGUAUCAUUGCAGAAGGAUGACAUUUAAUCAGACAUUUCAAACUAAUAACACAACUGACAUAAUUGCCACAACGACGGUAAUAUUAUUCCCGUCUCUGUCCGCAGCAUUCACAAUUCACACAAACUGUACAUAUAUUAUUUUCCCCCAAAAAACAUCUAUGGAUGUAAACAAUGAAAAUGGUGAGGUAGCUUAGACAAUCCUCUGAGUCAAGAACACACUUGUUAAUAAUGUAUACUAUAUUAUAUGUUAAAUAAUUGUAAUAAGCAAGUUAUUUUCUCGUUCUAUUUCUUUGACCAUUGAGCGCCCACUGUGUAAGUGACUGUUUGAGAUUGUGGCAAACAUUGCUUUGAUAAGCAUUCAUUUUUGGGUUCCGAAACCCUCCGAACUGAAAAUCAACCGUUUGUCUUCUGCCCUUGAACGGUAGACAUAAGAGUUUAAAUUAGAAGAGAAAAUGACAACAGAAGAGUGCUUUAUUUUCCCCUCAUUAUUUUAAUUUGAAAAAGGGGCAAUCUGGGAUUGGUACAUCCAUUUUCUCACUUUAAUUCAGGGUGUCAGCAGAAUCUCACUAUAAAUACAUAUUUGUGCUUCUUUAUUGGGACUGUUCUUGCCUUUCAGCAUUAACACCAUGCUCAGCUAUGGACAUGCAUUAAACAAACAUCAAGUCCAUCAAGCGUCCAAUGCUAUUGGGGGAUUGUAGAGUAAUGUUCGCUGCCAGAUAUGGUUAGCCUAUAGAAAGCUCUGGUCCAGGGGCGUUAGUGUGGCUUUCUUAUGCUGAGGCUUCCUGCUCACACUUUGGACCAGAGAUAGUUCUGAUGUCCUCUUUCUAAAGAACACUGUUGGGUGUUCGUGUUGCCUCUAUAUUAUGUUGUUGACUAUGUGAUUGAGCAGUCUAUGGCUGCAUCCCGAUUCUCCACCCAUCCUUAAAGCGUGCACAUUUACACUUACAGUCAUGGAUUUAAAAGCAUAGGAAUUGUGUCAGCAUUGGUAAGGGGGGAGUUUCCACCAUUGUUAAAUCCAUCCAAGUAGCGUCAUGUCCAGGGGUUGUACAUCAAGUUGCCUCAUGCUACAGAAACAGGAGAUGGGCUCCUGCCCAUAUGGGCCGUUCUGGCUUGUCCAUGGCUUACUUACUAACUAUGCGAUGACGUGCACACUCCAGGAGAAGAGUGGAGAAUCGGGAUGCAGCCUAAGUUUUGUCUAUGUGGAUUAAUACUAUGAUAGGUUACAGUAUGUGCAGUAGUUUAAAGGGGCCCUGUCAUGAUCCAAUGCCCAUUCAUUCAUCUGCUUUGUACAAUGUGAUUUUUGUACUGGAUAUUUAUAUGACUCAACACGAUUAAAGAUCUUUAAAAUCCUUA